AUGUUCUACACCACCGAACAAGCUGUAAAAAACAACUGUGAUAAAACGUUCGUCACAGCGUUGACUGAUGGUGUUGCGACCCAAUGUCAACAUGAUCUUAACCACACAUGCAGGCUGGCCAUGAAAACAGAAUUAAAUCAAGACUUAAAUCAAGAACAGAAAGAGUUUGUUCCUCACAGUCGUCAACAAGUGGUCGACCCCAAAACACCUAUCGCCCGUCAUACAACAGCAACGAAAACCAUGAUUUCAACCAUAUCAACAACCAAGACGAGGACAUUUUUUAGAUUGAGGCUGGGGUCAAGGAACAAGAGAAAGAAAGCGGGGUCAAGGAACAAGAGAAAGAAAGCGGGGUCAAUGAACAAGUAA